AUGGAGACUACACCUACCGUGUCAGAAGAACCUUCUGUCGACAAGACUACUCAGCCUAGUAAUCAAAAAGAUACACCAUGUGUGUCCAGUACAGUUGCAGAAUGCUUGCCCAAACAGACCGACGCUGUUGAUAGCACAACAUCUGUAGCCACUCAAGCUUCCGAGUUAGACAUUGCCGAUUCGAAUCAACCGUCUAAUGAUAAAAACCGUAAAAAAAAAGAUCGUCAUUUAGCUCAAGCAUUGAAAACUGUUUUGAACAGUAUGAAUUCUUUAAAUACGCCUGAAGAAAAACUAGCAGCCUUAUGCAUUAAGUAUGCAGAUCUGAUGGAAGAAAAUACCAAGCUGAAAACUGCCUAUAAACAAACUGAAAAAAGAGUAUCUCAGGCACUUACAGAACGUGAUAUAGUCAGAGGUGAAAUGAAUAAAGCAGUUAUGACAAGAAGUAGAUUGGAGAGUUUGUGCAGGGAAUUGCAGAAACAAAAUAAAGCAAUAAGAGAAGAGAGUCUGAAACGUGUCAAAGAAGCUGAAGAUAAACGUAUGGAAAUGACAAAUAAAUUUCAAAACACAUUAAGUGAAAUAGCUUCAGUAAUGCAACAAAAUAGUGAGAAAAACAACAAGCUUCGAGAUGAUAAUAUGGACAUGUCUUCUAGGCUUAAGAAUGUGUGCGAACAGUAUGAGCUUAGAGAACAGCAAGUAGUUAAGUUAGCUAAACAAAUUGAGCUUGAGACCCAAUUAUGUGAUGCGAAGCUGGCCAAAGCGAAUAUGGAAAUCAGUGUAGAACGAGAAACUAUUUUAAACGAGAAGACUCAUUUAUUAAAGGAAAUACGACUAUACCAAACCAGAAUUGAGGAGAUGCAGAAUACUGAAAUAGACUUGCGAAACCAAAUUUCCUUAUAUAAUGAAAAAUAUGAAGAAUUUCAAAAUGCCCUAGCACGAAGUAAUAAAGUUUUUGCUGGGUUUAAAGGAGACAUGGAAUUAAUGUCAAAAAAAAUUGUUAAACAAGAAAAAGAGUCUGCUAGUUGGAAAAUGCGUUAUGAGCGUUGCCAGCAACUUGUAGAUGAAAUGACCUCUGAACGUACUAGAAUUAUUAGUGAUUUGUCUGUAGCAACUCGACAAUUGAGUACCUUGCAAAAAUUGUGCCGAACUCUUCAUUCUGAACGACAGUCACUUUUGUCUAAGAUGGAACACGAGAAAAAAAUCCUGGAAAUGCCACCAAAUAUGGUAGCUGGAGAAACUGGGGAAAGUCUAACAGAAGCCAACAUGUAUGCAAUGGCGGAAUGGUUUGCGCGCACUGAAAUUUCAAAGUCUAAACCUGAUCAGUCAAAAGAGACACUACAGUCAGCCGUUGAAAAUCAAUUGAAAUUGGGCAAGGACUCGUCUGAGCAGCAACCACUUAUAAAUGGAGAAGAUAUGUCCCCAGAAUCUCCUUCAUCAUCUCAAUCACAUACGUCGGAUGAACCUGCUUAUGAUACUGGUGUAAGCUGUAGUUCAUCAGUUAAUGGAGACAAAGUAGAAUGUCUUGUUGAAAAUAAUGUUGAAAACAAGUCAGUUGAUGAACAAGAGCCCAAAAAGGCUGACAUUAAAAAGGCCAAGGAAACUCAAUCAAAACGGAAGGCUAAGAAAACGUAG